AGUUCAAAGAAUUCUCAACUUCAACUAAGAUGGCUUUUGGAAAGUGUUUUGCCCUGCUGCUGCUGGUCAGCUGCCUGGCUGCUUUUGUGGCUGCUCAAGACUUCCCCGAAGCAGGAGCUGGCUCUCCUAUGAUCAAGAUAAUUCGUCGCCAGCGUUCGCCCCAGCAUGGCUCUGUGGUUGUGACGGGCAGCAAGGACCAUCAGACAGGUCGCCAGCUGGACGUUCAAUAUAAUCACAACCUGUACACCAGUCGAGAUGGACGUGGCAGCAUCGAUGCCUACGCGAAUGCUAAUAGAAAUUUUGAUCAGAAUCGCAACAAUUUCGGUGGCGGCAUUCAAGGCAAAUGGCGUUUCUGAUAAACGAAUUCAUAUGGUUGCCGACAAUAAUAAAGUGCAAAUAGAUAUAGAA